AUGACCCACCAACCUCCCAUUACUCACCAUCCUCCCAUCACCCACCAGCCUCCCAUCACCCCACCAGCCUCCCCUAAAAGCCUCCCAUCACCCACAAGCAUCCUAUCAUCCACAAGCUCACCAUCACCCACUAGUCAUCCAUCACCCACAAGCUUCACAUCAUCCACAAGCUCCCCAUCACCCACAAGUCAUCCAUCACCCACAAGCUUCCCAUCAUCCACAAGCCUCCCAUCACCCCCAAGCCUCCCAUUACCACAAGCCCCAUCACCACAAGCAUCCCAUCAUCCACAAGCCUCCAUCACCCACACAAGUCAUCCAUCACCCACAAGCUUCCCAUCAUCCACAAGCCUCCCAUCACCCACAAGUCAUCCCAUCACCCACAAGCUUCCCAUCAUCCACCAGCCUCCCAUCACCCACAACCUCCCAUCACCCACAAGCCUCCCAUCUCCCACAAGCAUCCCAUCAUCCACAAGCCUCCCAUUACCCACAAGCCUGCCAACACCACAAGCCUCCCAUCACCUAACAGCCUCCCAUCUCCACAAACCUCCCAUCUCCCACUAG